AUUGAUUCUAUAAUACCAAUUCGCGAUAAAGUCCAAAUAUUUCAACUUUAUUGUGAAAUCAAUCGGACAAUCAAGACUGGGCCAAAACAUAAAUUCUUUGUUAACAUUUUAAGAUGGAUUUCCGAACGCACUACCGGUCAUUUUCUCUUCGGGCUUCGGGUUCGUUCGGAUUGAUCGUGCGCAAAGAAGAAGAAUACCAGAAUGAGAUUCUGCGCAUGUCGAAUAUAUAAUCCAUUGCAAAAGAGACAAGGCGAAGCAGUCUAAAAAUGUCAGUAUUGGUAUUUCGAAACGCCAUUUUGCAGAACUGGUGAAGACUUAAUCCGUUUUUAUCUUGGCAAUAGUUAGAUUUUCAAUUUGGAAUUCGUAAAUUCCAAAGCAGUUCAGUGAACUUCAGAAGUUCCUCCAUAUAUUUUUGUGAUAGUUACCAGAACAAGUGAAGUGACAGUUUUGUUUUGAUCUGUUAGCGACCAAACUAAAAAUGGCGUGUGCAACUCUGAAGAGGUCUUUGGAUUGGGAACCCGUUUUGGGGGGCCGACCCACGAAAAGGCGACGAUGCGUGCCUUUCUGUUCGAGCCCCACACAGGGGGGAAUGGGAUCUCCGGGACCGUCUACUUCGACUGGCUCGGCAUCCCCGAAAAGUUCGGUAUUUCCAGACGUCAAAAAGUUGACUCCCGAAAACUUGAUUGAUAACCUAAAAGCUGAAAUUAAAAGACUACAAAGACGUAAACAGCUACAAUACAAUACGAUGGAAACCUCAGAUGGUGGAAGUUCGGGAGGAGAGUGUUCCGAAAGUCCACGUGCUGAUAAACCUUUGUUCACAUUCAAGCAGGUUGGUCUCAUUUGCGAACGUAUGUUGAGAGAGCGUGAAUUGGAAAUAAGGGAAGAAUACGACAACGUUUUGACAACAAAACUUUCCGAACAAUACGAUGCCUUUGUCAAGUUUACUUAUGAUCAAAUUCACAGAAAUUACGCCAAUACCGCACCUACACCAAGUUAUUUAUCAUAAGACGUGACGCAACAAAAUGAAUCCAUGUAGCGCCGUGCUAGAGCCACAUAUACAGUCGUUAACUAUCGUUUAUACACAACAUAUUGACGGAACCGUAUUACAAGCUGCAAGAUGCCUUAGACUAUAUCCGUAUUUCUUGCAAGCCAAUUGUAUAUAAAACUCUGAUAUACCACCUUCUUUUGUAAUAUCUUAAGGUAACGCAUAUUAUAUUUGUUGAUUAUUUUCUGUAAAUAUUCUUUAAAUAGGACGUUAAGUACUUUUGUGACAGCGGUCAAGUUUCAGGUAUGUGUACUACAGAGGAUUCGUGUUUUGUUUGCCAAUUUUCUUUUGGUUUUGAACAUCCCUUUCAAGGUGUUGCUCUUUAGUAAAAAUCAAAGACUUUUGACCCAUAAUGUAAUAUAAUUGAGAUUAAGGAAGGUUUAUAUUUUCCUUGUUGAGAUAUUGAAGUUUUUUGUUCUUUAUGGAAUGGCACACUAUUGGUUAUUCAUUCUGUACCUUCCUGUAUCGAAAGAAUGACAAAUGCAUCAUGUUUUCCAGUUAGAUUACUCAUUCGACAUCUUUGAACGUAGAAUUCCUUUGAUAUUUUUAAUAAUGAAGUACAUUCCUCAAAAAUAACUGAUUGUUCAAACAUUUUUACGGUGACAUAGAUAUGGCAAUCGCAGAUUAUGUUUUUGAGAAAGGUGAUGUGGCCCAUAGCGACCAAUCUCAACAAGUUUUGAGAGCACCAUACUAAGGAAAUAACGAGCAACAUAGUAUAUACGAUGAGAUUGCAUCCCUGGCCUGUCAAUUGUAAGCAAAGAUCAAACUGAUGUUUCUCGGUCAGGUGAAAAUACUGAAAGACAUUUUGUCAAGUUGCAUAUGCGGGAAUUCUAAACGAUAGGUUUUAAUCCGAAAACUGUAGCAAUAGUGACUAUUUUUAAAUUUUUAUAAUCUGUUAAGUGUUGACUGGAAUGAUUUUUUGAGUGUAUCAAAUCUGAUAGACAACCUCAAUUGAAAUAUGAAUAUUUUUUAGAGCUAGCUAAGGAUAAAUCAUGAGAAAGUUUCUAUUUUUUGCCGUUGGAACAUCUAUUUUAGCGUAGUUUAGAAAUUAUAAGGUGAAAAUUCUCGUAUUUAGGUUAAGCUGUACUGGAUUAUUUUCGCUUUCGUGUACAACCUGUGGCUUCUUAUUUAUUUAAGCUUUUCUAUUGCCCAACAAAUCUACUUUCAAAUACCAUUUAGUGGUCAGUCAUUUUUGUUUACCCGCAACUGUAGAAUUCGUUAACUUUAAGGUUGAGUUGUUAAGUUACAUUCAAUAAAAAAUGGGCUUUAUUAAA